UGGGCCUCCGCAGACUCAGCCUGGAAGGCUGACAGGCAGGAGGGCUGGGGCGGGCACGGCGGGGCCAUGGAGCCCACAGCAGGGCCUGUGCGCUACCAGAAGCUGCUGCUCUGGGACCCAGGCCUGGAGUCUGAGGAGGAAGAGGAGGGGACAGCAGAGACACUCAUUCUCGACACUUGGAGGCCCCAGGACUCCUCUGGGAACGAGGUUGGUGGCCUGCCCGGAGCCUGGGCCCGACUAGUCGCCGCCCUGCUGCUGCUGGCCGUUGGCUUCUCCCUGGCUGUGAGGCAACUCCACACCCAGGGUGGCUCCACAGAAACCCUGGGCUCUGUGGCCCUUCCGCCCAGCGGGCAUGCCCACCACCCCGGAGUAUACCACCAUGGAGCCAUCAUCAGCCCUGCAGCCACAUGUUCCCACCUGGGCCGAGAGCUCCUUGUUGCUGGGGGCAAUGUCGUGGAUGCCGGAGUUGGAGCAGCUUUGUGUCUGGCAGUGGUGCAUCCUCAUGCCACAGGGCUAGGUGCUAUGUUCUGGGGACUCUUCCACAAUAGCUCCUCAGGCAAUUCAACUGCCCUGACGUCAGGCCCAGCCCAGACCCUGGUCCCCGGCCUGGGGCUGCCCUCCGCUCUGCCUACCCUGCGCUUGCUGCACACACGCUUCGGCCGCCUGCCCUGGCCACGCCUGCUGGUGGGCCCAACCACGCUGGCUCAGGAGGGCUUCCUGGUGGACGCACCUCUGGCCAGGGCUCUGGCAGCCCAGGGCACAAAGGGCCUCUGUCCACUCCUUUGCCACACUGAUGGGAGGCCCCUGGGCCCUGGGGCCCAAGCCAUCAACCCCAAACUGGCAGCUGUACUACGCAGGGCAGCCCUCGCCCCCACCCCAGACCUUGCUGGGGAGGCCCUACUGGGUCUGCUGGCCAGAGACCUGGGGCUGGAGGGACCCUCAGCUGGGCCCAUGCCCACCUUGGAGCCAGCACUGCAGCUCCCUGUGCCCCAGGGCAUCCUGCUCACCACCCCCAGCCCCUCAGCUGGCCCAGAACUGCUGACACUGCUGCAGGCGGCCCUACACUCCAGAGGGCCCAGCUCUGACCCCUGCCCACCACUCCUGCAAGCAAUGGUGACCCCCGUGAGCAGUGUCCUGGCAACUGUGGACAGCAGCGGCUCUGUGCUCCUUCUCACCUCCUCGCUCAACAGCUCCUUCGGCUCUGGACACCUGUCCCCAAGCACUGGGGUUCUACUCAGCAACCUGGUGGCGAAGUCUGCACCUAAUGUCUGGGCCUGCCCCCUCAUCCUUCAUAGCAGCCUGGAUGACACAGAGGCUGAUGUGUUGGGGCUGGUGGCUUCAGGGACCCCCACAGUGGCCAAAGUCAUGACUCACACCCUGCUCAGCCACCUGGCUGGGUCCCAAACCCAGGCCCAGCAAGGACCAACAGAGAGCCCCAGCAUUUGUGGCCAAGGGACCCUGCUCCAGGUGGCAGCCCAUGCAGAGCAUGCCCAUGUCUCCAGUGUCCCCCAUGACUGCUGCCCCUUCCAGGGGUUCUAAGCGGGGAGAGGUGUCUGGCAGGGGAUGGGGCGUGGGGUCUCGAGCCUGGAGGCAGUGGCAGAGCAGGCCCAGCAGCCAUGGAGCGCAUAAAGAGUGUGCAUCAAUUAUGUGCUCACUGCUGGCUCAGGGCCUCGACCUCUGGCCUGGUCAGUGACCCAGACUCGAGUUCUGGCUCUUUUUUCAGCUAAGGAAACUGAGGAUGAUACGGAAAGAGCAGCAGGGCCUGGGGCCAGCUCUGAGUUUAGAUGCAGCCCUGGGACGGACAGGUGGAAGAACGCCAAGCCCCUGCCUAGGCUCUGGGCCCCAUGGGCCGGGCAGGCAGAGUGCGGGCUAUUGGUGGCAUCUCCAUGCUCCCCUUCGGGCCAUCCUCUGCUGAUCUCCCUCAACUGGGCUGGAAACAAAAUAAAGAUCAAGUCUCCUGGA